AUGCUUAGAAUAGGUGCAUGUGCUCUUUUUGGCCGAGGUCGCGGAUGGCGCAUGUCAACAGUUGCUAUGGAGACAACGCCAACUGGAAGGUUCCAGUCUAGACAGACGAGCUCCGCUGACGAGGAUUAUUCCUCGAAAACCAGUUGCUUCACCUCAGCACAAGUUGACCGGAUUUUCGCUGAUUACUUUCUCGAAGAUGUUGCAGUAACCGGAACCAAAAGAGGCCGUCUCGACAGGCAAACAGCCGACCACGUGGUAUCCCCCGUCACCUUUACUUCUGGUUGGCAUAGCAUUAGAACGUCGUCACUUUCAUACUGUUUGAAGCAGGUCUCGAACCCACUAACCCGUACGCCUGGAAACUCAUUGUUGCGCGGCAUUUGGACGAGACAGCCUUCAUGUCGCUUCACGUUUGUCGGCACCACCCGAGCGUGUGUCCGUCUGUCGGCGUAUUUUGCUGUACAUUCGUGUCGGCAAGCUGGGGUGGGGGAAGGCGAGGGCGAGGGCGAGGGCGAGGGCGAGGGCGAGGGCGAGGACACACGAGACGGCCAGUUGUAUGCAUUUGCGCUUCCGCCUGUUGAGUUGAUGCACAAUUGUGUCGCCAAUUCACCAGAGACUUGUCAUCCUCGCCCGACUUGUCGGCUUGUGGCGCUACCAAUCACCGUCACCCCUCGCCCUCCGUGCCUCACCCAUUCCGCCUCAUUGUGCGUUUGUCGUCUCGGCGUUGCGGCUGCACUGCCGCUGACGCUGCCGGCCCAUCUCGGCCCUCCUCGGCCACACGCGAAGACGACACAGCACCAGUCGAACAACCUCCCCCGC